GAUCUCCCCAGGGUGUGUCAGGAUGCGCACCCCACUGCUGGUGACCCUGGUGACAUUGGUGUUGGUGCCUGCAGGGGUCUCUCCCUACGGCUUCCGCAACUGCAUCCAGGCGCCGUGGGACCCGGUGCUGUUCCGCUGCAUCCAGCGCUUCCUGAGCGACGUGGGGGCUGCAGUGGGCGACCUCCCCUCCACUGCCACAUCCCUCAACCUCUCUGUCAACAUCUUGCGCCAGGUGCCCCCCCGUGCCUUUGCCCACCUGCCGCACCUCUACACACUUGAUCUGAGCAACAACCAGCUGGAACUGCUGGCCCCGGGGGCUUUCUUGGGGCUGUCAGCACUAGCCCAUCUAAACCUGACCCACAACAACAUCUCAGUGCUGGCCACAGGCGUGUUCACCCAGCUGGGGAACCUGAGCACACUGCGGCUGGACCACAAUCCGCUACAGAAAGUGGAUCCUGGGGCUUUCCAGACACUGGCAGCACUCAGCACGCUCCUGCUGCGGGGUGGCCGGCUCCGCGCACUGGAGCCCGUGGCUGUGGCUGUGGGGAAUCUGACACACCUCGAUCUGCUUGACCUGUGUGGCAACAUGCUGUCGACACUGGGCCCAGGGCUGCCUCCCGCGCUGAGGGUCCUGCGCCUCUGCAACAACUCCCUGGGAGCUCUUUCAGGGGCCAGCCCCGGGGUGAUUCCCCCAGGGCUGCGUGAGCUCGACCUGUCCUACAACAACAUCUCGGACCCUGCGCCGCUCGCUCGCCUGUGCCUGCACAACCUGACAAACCUGCGCCUGGCUGGGAACCCUCUGGACAUGGUGCAGCUGCUGCGCACGGCUGGAGUCUCCCCACGCCAUGUGGACGUGUCAGGGCUACGGGUGGGCACAGGGGACUUGGAUUACCUGUGCCAGCAGCUGGCAGGGCCGCGGCUGCAGAGGCUGCAGCUGCAGCGUUUGGAGCUCAAAGCAAUGCCCAAGGGGGCUCUGCACAAGUGUCCAGAGCUGGGUGCUCUGGACGUGUCCGGCAACCGGCUGCGGUCCUUGGGCUGCAUAGGGUGGCUGCUGAACCGGGCACAGCUUGCAACACUGGGCGAGCUUGUGGCUGAACACAACUUGCUGCAGUGGCUGCCAUCAUGCAAAGGGGCCCCGGUUCUGCACCAGCUGCACAAUGUGUCCCUACGCUUCAACCGCAUCCUAGUAGCUGAUGCGGGUGCCUUUGACAACACGCCAGCGCUGCGGCAGCUGCGGCUGGACGUGAACGGGCUGGCACGGCUGCACCGUGCAGCACUGCGUGGACUCCGCAACCUGCAGCACCUGCGUCUCGACAACAACCUGCUCACCGACCUCCUGCCCGGCUCCUUUGCUGACCUGCAGCAGCUGGAAGACCUCAACCUGCGCAACAACCGUGUGGCCGUGCUCUUCCCUGGCACCUUCAGGGGGCUCGACCACUUGAAGACCCUUGACCUGGGCGGGAACAACCUGCGGUAUUUGGCAGCCAAGGCAUUCCAGGGUCUCCUGCAGCUUUGCCGGCUCUACCUGGACCGCAACCGGCUGGUGGAGGUGACAGCAGAGGCAUUCCAGCCGGUGCAGCUGACGCUGGGCGUGCUGGACCUGCGUGCCAAUGCGCUGCGCUACCUGAGCCGACGCCUGCAGCAGCCGCCGCCUUUCCGCUACCUGCACAACCUCUAUGACCUGAAGUUGCAGGCACAGCAGCCAUAUGGGAUGCGUGUGGUCCCACAACGCUUCUUCCAGGGCCUCAGUGCCUUGCGCUCGCUGUACCUGUCGCAGAACUCGCUCUCGGCCAUCCCCGCCGAUGCCUUUGAUGACCUGGUGCAGCUGCAGUUCCUGACGCUGGCUGACAGCAAUGGCGGGAUGGGCCACCUGCCCGCUGGCAUCUUCAAGAACCUGAGCCGACUGCGCAGCCUGAACCUGGAGAGCGCAGGACUGCGCAGCCUUGGCCCUGAGGUCUUCGGCAACCUGACGCGACUGAAGCAGCUGCGCCUGGCCAAGAACGAGCUGCGUGCGCUGGACGUGACUCUGGCCACGCACCUCCCUGCCCUGCGCUAUCUGGAUCUGCGCAAGUGCCCCCUGAGCUGCAGCUGUGCCAACGCCUGGCUGCCUGGCUGGCUGGCACGUGGGCCCGUGCAGGUGGUCUACCUGUAUAACUACACCUGUGGUGAGAAGGGUGGGGCCUCCGCGUACCUGCACUGCUUUGACACGCAUGUGUGCUACCUGGACAUGGGGCGGUACCUGUUUGCAGGGACGGCACCGGCUGUGCUGCUGCUGCUGCUGCUGCCGCUGCUGCACCACCGUGGGUACUGGCGGCUGCGCUACCAGCUGUUCCUGCUGCGUGCGUGGGCACGUGGGCGCUGGCGGCGGGAGCAGCGGCGCUACACCUACGACACCUUCGUGUCCUACAACUCCGGGGAUGAGCGGUGGGUGCUGGAGGAGCUGGUGCCUGAGCUGGAGCGGGGAGCCCUGCGGCUCUGCCUGCACCACCGCGACUUUCGCCCCGGCCGUGCCAUAGUGGACAACAUCGUGGACGCCGUGUACAACAGCCGGCACACGGUGUGCGUGGUGAGCCGCGGGUACCUGCGCAGCGAGUGGUGCUCGCUGGAGAUCCAGAUGGCCAGCUAUCGCCUCUUCGACGAGCUGCGUGAUGUCCUUGUCCUCGUCUUCCUCGAGGACAUUCCUGAGGCCGAGCUCUCGGCCUUCCACCGCAUGCGCCGCGUGCUGCUGCGGCGCACACACCUGCGCUGGCCCCCCGAGCCCCCUGCGCAGCCCCUCUUCUGGGCAAAGCUCAGGUGUGCCCUCAGCGCGGGGCAGGAGGAGGAGGACAGGGAGAGAGGGGGCAGGGAGGAAGGAAAAGCAGUUUUCUGCUCCAAAAUUAUCGGCUUUUCUCUCUGGAAUAUGCUCUGCAAAGUGGGGAUGAAGGGCAAAUUUUCUCCCUAUUUCAACCUCUUCAAUGCAGCAGAGGCAAAAGGAGUUGCCAAGCCAGCACUGCUGUGA